CAGAGACGGUCUGCAUGUGACCGCUCACGAUUUCAAAAGGCGCAUGUCGCUCUGUGUUGCCUCCAUACCUUGAUGAAUGAAAUGAGCUCGGUGGGUGCGAGCAAUGGCAGCCAAAGCCCGGCCCAGUAUUCGUCGGUUCGACGACCGCCACGCUCCAAAAAUGGAUGCUUAACUUGCCGGCGACGAAAAGUGAGAUGUAGCGAACAGCGGCCCCGGUGCUCACACUGUGAACGACUGAACCUUGAGUGCAAGUGGCGCCCAGUCCACAGACCGGGGUCGAUGCAGCAGGAAGUCGUUGUUUCGACCCCAGAGACCAUCGUUAGCAACGGAGCUCCCGCAUUAGAUCCAUUCGGGAAUUUCUCAACUGAUGCUGUGGAUCAAGUCUUUGACUAUGCAAGCUUCAUGUGGGAUACUUCCGAUCUGUGGCAAAGCCAUAAUAUGGGUAGCGGAGCAUAUGCAGGAAACAAUAUGAACGCCACAUAUCAACAAAUGGACACGAGUAUGUUGGAAGGUAUGCAGCCUCUACCGCUCCUUCCUGAACCAUCACCCGCGUCCAAUAGCAAUCAAGAUUCGGGGGUUUUGGAACCCCCAGUCUCCGUCAGGACUGUGGAGCCCUCCAUAUUGAUGCCGGAACAGACGUCAACAAGUCACCAAACAGCCGAAGAUCGCUUGCUAUUGGAUUACUUUACUCGCACCCAUGUCCCGCCAAUCUUGUCUCAAGUCGAGACGCAACAGAAGUGGUCUACUAUGCGUCAAAUACUCAUGGGACUGUGCAAUACUUCCGCAAUGGUACGAUACGCAGUUAUGGCCUUCUCUGAGCUUCUGCUUCGUCGACAGGAACGAUCCUGGCUACAGAGUACGCAAAACCACUACGCCAAAGCUAUGUCGGAGCUGUCUAAGUUCGAGGAUAUCAGCACCGCAACAAGUCCCGGACAUGGCCGCGAGAGUCUUCUCGCGACUCUGUUCUUCCUCAGUUACGUCGAUAUCCUGGAGGGUCGGGUAGAAGCUGCCCACAAGUGCCUCAAAGAGGCGCACACGAUUUUCAAGCAACGAGACAAAGCUGGUUUUCGCGCACUUGAGAUACGUUUAUUGCUAUGGAUAAGACUGGUCGACGCUCGCGCAGUCUCUGCCGGUGGUGACGGCCUCUUCCUAUCAGACCAGGAAGAGGACUUGCUCGUCAAACCGUCGCCUUCAAGCUUUCAAGGCGAUGCCGAUCGAGAUGAUGAUACACAAGACGGGGACAUUGAAGACGUCUUGUUUCAACUCCUUUACCACCCAGGAAUCAUAUUCUUCCAAAAGGUGCAGAGCUUCAUGGGCCGCAUUUCCAAGAUCGAUCCGUGGCACAGGCCCAGAGGGACAGUGGAAGACGAGACUGAGGUUAUGAACAUUGCCGCAAGAAUCACUAAAGAUUUGCGGGAGCUCUACGAAAACAGGCCGCCAUUAAUGGACUACGCAAUCUCAGGCAAAUUGACUACGCCUCACGUCUCAGAGAAUUUGGCAACAACCAUCACCAAGUCAUUCAGAUCCUAUCUUGCCAAUUUCCACGCCAGCAGGAUACAUCUGCAUCGCGUUGCAUACAAGUCUCUCCCUCUUACUAGCGAAGCAUCAGAAGCACUUCGGUCCAUCCGUGACCUAGCCAAACUGAUGGAAGAAGGCCUAAGCGAGCAUGAAGCUUUGCCCGUGAACAUGCUGUGGCCGCUUCUCAUGCUGGGUUCCGAGGAGCAUAGUCAAAGUGAAAGAGCCUGGAUCAAAGAACAGAUCAUGCGAAUGGAGAAGGUAGCCACGAAUGCCCGCAUCACAGCGCAAGUGCUAGAAGAAGUGCAGACAAGACAGGAUGCGAGUAAGACGAGAGUUGACAUACGCUCCGUUAUGCACUCUAUUUUCGAUUCUUGUUUCGCGAUCGUCUGAACUGACGACAACAAUGCGCGUCCCUCUGUCUACCACGAAGACUAUCGUCUCUCACAACUCUACUUCAUCUGGGCUGCGGCAGUCCUUUUUCUGUUUGGCAUUGCAAUCGCUGAAAACUCACAGCUAGUAAUCGCUCCGCUUCGAGAAGAUACACCGACUCAACGCAGAAUCUGGCGACGUCGUUCAUCUUACUGGUCCUCUUACACGCACACUACUCAACACGGCGUGACAUAUGCUAAACAAGCAAGAUUUCGUCAUUUGCGACGUUUCAAUCGCCCACAUAUCAGUCAUGCAGAGCGCAAGAUCGACUGUAGAAGUC